AUGGGACGGCAUAUAUUUGGUAUGAAGGAUGGUCCUGAGUAUCUGCGAAUGCUUUAUUUGGAGAAGCAAACUGGGAAAUCUCUAAUCAACAAGAGUCCCAAGGCAGGCACAUUAGCAGCUGAAGCAUAUUUCGAACAAAAGCUUGAUCACUUCGACACUAGCAAUACGAAUACCUGGAAGCAGGUUUCCAAUGAUGCUCUACCAUUCGUUGCAUGGGCAAAGAAGUUUGGCGCAAUCAUGUUCUGCCUGGAACAUCGCUUCUACGGACAAAGUCGUCCUACUCCCAACCAAUCUGUGGAAAAUCUGAAAUACCUGAGUAGCCGCCAAGCUCUCAAGGAUCUUGAGUACUUCAUAGAAUCAAUGAAUGCAAAGCACAAUUUAAAGAAUCCAAAAUGGAUAACGUUUGGCGGGUCGUAUCCUGGCGCGCUCUCUCUUUGGGCCCGUCAAGCCUACCCAAAAUUGAUUGCUGGUGCUGUUGGAAGCUCUGCUCCGGUAAACGCAGUAGUUGAUUUUUGGGCUUACCUUGAAGUUGUAGAGAACGCAUUACGUACUCAUAGUAAUGAUUGUGCGGAGAAUGUGAGAAAAGGAUUUGAAGCUAUAGAAGAUCUCUUGCGAUCUCCACAAGGGAGAGAUAAACUCUCUAAAAUUUUUGUGCUAAAGCCCACCUUCUCAGAACUUGGCCAUUUGACAUAUAAUGACAUACAGAAUUUUUAUUCGAUCAUCUAUGGCAAUUUCCAAUAUGCAGUACAAUACAGUGAAGACAACACUGUAAGCACACCCUUUGACCAUACGUCAAACAAUUACACGGACAUGAUAGACUACCUGAAGGUUGAAGAAUUCGGCAAUACAGCAGAAUUCGACUCUAGUUUUCGAAGCUGGUUUUGGCAGAAAUGUACCGAAUUCGGCUACUAUCAGUCCACUGAUGGAGGUCCAAGAGGAAUUUUUGGUUCUAGCUCGCCAUUAACGAUCCGUAUUAAUAUAUGCAAUGAUGCGUACGGAUCUGCAUACAAUAGUGAAUCUAUAUCAAAAGCUGUGCAUAACACACAAAUGCAUUAUGGUGGAUCGGAAAGAUAUAGAGGCACGAAUGUCGUCAUUCCUAAUGGGUCCAUUGAUCCAUGGCAUGCAUUGGGCAAAUACACCUCCAAUCAUGACUCAGUCGUACCAUUUCUGAUAAAUGGUACGGCCCACUGUGCGGACAUGUACCCGCCCUCAGAUAAGGAUAAGCCUGAUUUGAAGCGAGCC